AUGGAAGCGAAUUCUUAUCCAACUAGAUCCCUCAAUCGGUCCUUGGAGGACCAUGACGAACUGAUUGAGGCCGGGCCUUCGAAGCGCGUCAAAUUCGACGCAGCUGAGCCCGGAUUGAAAACUCGGGAGGCCGCUCAAAACGAUGUUGCCCAGCAAGACAACGAAACCGAAAAGGCCAAAGCUACUUCACAACGAAGUGGCGAUAGAAGCAAGUCGAAGAGAGGCAAGGACAAGGACAGGGGGCGGGAUCGUCGAAGGGGAACGCGAGCGACGGAGGGAGGCGGAAGGGAUGGUGACGAGCCCAAGGGUCCUCGACUGCCUAAGCGGCAACAACCCGACCCAAACUUACGAACAAUUGAGGGCGUACUUUUCAAUGCCUUGGUCAAGGUCGGCGCUGUGUCGCAGGACAAUGCCGACGAUCCGGUGAAAGUCAACCUUGGUCGGGCUGCUCGUACGGAUGCCGGUGUUCAUGCAGCUGGUAACGCUGUCUCAAUGAAACUAAUCACCCCCGUUCCGGGCGUACCUGACCUAGUUGCUCGUAUGAACGAGGAACUACCUCCUGAGAUUCGUCUCUGGAGUAUUCUACGAGUUCAAAAUGGAUUUAACGCAAGAACAACGUGCGAUAGCCGCAAGUAUACCUACUUCUUCCCAUCUUACCUCAUGAUCCCACCGAAGCCUGGGAGCGGCCUUCAUCACACUUUACAGGAUCAUGGAACGGACACACAACCCGACCCGUUCUGGUCGGACGAUCAUCCUGAAUCAAUAUUAGACGAUCUUCGUCGAAAGCGAACAUAUCGAAUCAAUUCGAAACAAGUUGAAGCCCUGCGCCUUAUCGCGCAGGCAUUCAAUGGCAGUCAUAACUUCCACAAUUUUACUAUUGGUCGUGAUUUUGGAGACCGUAGCUGUGUUCGGCACAUCAAAAGCAUAACUAUCGCGGAUCCGGUAGUGUAUGGAGAAACUGAAUGGAUUAGCGUAUUGUUUCACGGGCAGAGCUUCAUGCUGCAUCAGAUUGUGAGUGUUCUGUCCGAUUUCACGAUCCGUGCUUUGAACAACGUCAACAUCAGCGGAAAAUGA